AUGUCACAUAUUCGGGUAAAUCUUAGAAAAAACCCCAAUUAUCCAAAACCUAAGACCCAUGCCCAAUUAAUUACAAUUAUUUCAUCUUCCCAGAAACUCCUCAUCAUCACAAUCUUAGUGGCCUACGCUGCAGCGGACGUGUCCCACAUCGUGGGCAAGUCUGGUGAGGCGCAAGCCAAGAUCCUGAAGCAGGAGUUGGAUAUUGGACACGAGGGUCAAUAUCAGUGGUCCUAUGACACCGAGAACGGUAUCUCUGCCAAUGAACAGGGAGCUCUUAAGAAUGUGCCUGGUGCUGAAACACCAUCUCAAGUAGCUCAAGGUCAAGCAAGAUGGACCGCCCCAAAUGGUGAAGUCAUCGAGUUCCAAUACACAGCUGACGAAAACGGUUACCGUGCUGAGGGUGCUCAUAUUCCCACUCCCCAUCCUGUCCCAGAAGCUAUCCUCCGAGCACUCGAUUACAUCAGGACUCAUCCACCAAAAGAAAAC